AGAAGUCGGUUCGGGAGCUGUCAGCGCGGGCAGCAGUGCGGCGGGCGCGGGGUGGGCGCGGCCGACCGGGUCCGGGACCCGACCCCCGACCUCCCGCGCGCCCCGCACCUGGCCCGGUAGGCCGCUUGGCCGCGUGCCGCGCCCCUCACUCGCUCGCCCAUCUCUCUCGCUCGCCAGCCGCCGGGCGGGCGGGCGCCGGAGACCCUGCGGGGGCUGAGGCUUGGCAAGCGGGCGGUGAGGGCCCGGCUGCGGCCUCCUCGCCAUGUCCUCGGCCCGCGACACCAGCGGCCACUUCCCUUUGCACCUCCUGGUCUGGAACAACGACUACCGGCAGCUGGAGAAGGAGCUGCGGGGCCAGAAUGUGGAGGCUCAGGAUCCACGAGGUCGAACCUUAUUGCAUCUUGCUGUUUCUUUGGGACAUUUGGAAUCUGCUAGAGUCUUGCUCCGACAUAAAGCAGAUGUUACAAAAGAAAAUCGCGAGGGAUGGACAGUUUUACAUGAGGCUGUGAGCACCGGUGACCCUGAGAUGGUGCACACAGUUCUUCAGCAUCGAGACUACCACAACACAUCCAUGGCCCUUGAGGGAGUUCCUGAACUGCUCCAGAAAAUUCUUGAGACUCCGGAUUUCUAUGUGCAGAUGAAAUGGGAAUUCACCAGCUGGGUGCCCUUGGUUUCCAGAAUAUGCCCGAAUGAUGUCUGUCGCAUUUGGAAAAGUGGUGCUAAACUGCGUGUCGAUAUCACAUUGCUGGGAUUUGAAAACAUGAGCUGGAUAAGAGGGAGGCGUAGUUUCAUAUUUAAGGGGGAAGACAACUGGGCGGAGUUGAUGGAAGUCAACCAUGAUGACAAAGUGGUCACCACUGAACACUUUGAUCUUUCCCAGGAAAUGGAGCGCCUCACUCUGGACUUGAUGAAGCCAACAGGCAGGGAAGUUGAAAGGCGGCUCACGAGCCCAGUCAUUAACACCAGCCUCGAUACUAAAAAUAUUGCUUUUGAAAGAACUAAAUCCGGAUUCUGGGGCUGGAGGACAGAUAAAGCAGAAGUUGUUAAUGGUUACGAAGCAAAGGUUUACACAGUAAAUAAUGUGAGUGUGAUAACCAAAAUACGGACAGAACACCUGACUGAGGAAGAAAAAAAGAGGUACAAAGCGGACAGGAACCCACUGGAAUCUUUGUUGGGAACUGUGGAACACCAGUUUGGUGCUCAAGGGGACCUCACCACAGAAUGUGCCACUGCAAACAACCCUACAGCCAUCACACCUGACGAGUACUUCAACGAAGAGUUUGAUCUGAGAGACAGGGACAUCGGAAGGCCAAAAGAGUUGACGAUUAGAACACAAAAGUUUAAAGCAACACUGUGGAUGUGUGAGGAAUUUCCGCUCUCUCUUGUGGAGCAAGUCAUUCCCAUCAUUGACCUGAUGGCCAGAACUAGCGCUCAUUUUGCAAGACUGAGAGAUUUCAUCAAAUUGGAAUUCCCACCUGGAUUUCCUGUCAAAAUAGAAAUUCCCUUGUUUCAUGUCUUAAAUGCACGGAUUACAUUUGGAAAUGUUAAUGGCUGUAGCACUGCUGAAGAAACUGGAUCGCAAAAUAUGGAAGGGACCCAGGCCAAUUCAGCUUCCCCAGUCACAAACUUUGAGGUUGAUCAAUCUGUGUUUGAAAUUCCUGAAUCCUACCAUGUUCAAGACAAUGGCAAAAACAUGCAUCUACAGGACGAAGAUUAUGAGAUAAUGCAGUUUGCCAUCCAGCAGAGCUUACUGGAGUCUAACAGGAGUCAGGACCUUUCAGGACCAGCUUCGAAUGGAGGGAUCAGUCAGACACACAUCUACGAUGUCCAAUAUGAGAGGGCCAUCCAGGAAAGCCUCCUCACCAGCUCGGAAGGCCUAUGCCCUGGUGCCUCAAAUGAGACAAGCCGUUUUGAUAGCGAUUUGCAGCUGGCCAUGGAGCUCUCUGCCAAAGAGCUGGAGGAGCAGGAGCUCCGGCUCCGGGAGGAGGAGGAGGAGCUCCAGCAAGUCUUACAGCUGUCUCUCACUGAGAAAUAGACCUUUCUGCCCACGGGCUGCACAAAGCAGAGGCUCUGGGCUGCACGCAGGUGCUACAUUACCAGGGCCCCAGGGCUGAGGGACUGCAUCUCGUGUGUGCACAGCAGAUGGCAGCUGGACCCUUCUUUACACAGAGGUGCAGGACCAGGGACUCCCAGGUCCAUCCACAAUACUCCCCGGUGAAGGGGCUGGGGACCGGCAGGCCACAUCUCCAGGCUAAGGGGAAGAGAGCAUCGUCACUUUCCAUGAACUAUAUUGGCUUGCAGGUCACAUUUUUACUACCAGCUUUAGACAAAAACCCCAAUCCCCGCAGGUUUGUAGGUUAAUUUCUACCAAGGAGUGAUAACAAAAGUUACUGCAGAGUCAGGGUGCUUUUAUAUAUGAGAGCAGCAGCCUUUGUAGAGUGUGGUUUAUGAAAAUUUAUUAUACUUCUUUAUAGUUCACCAAAGAAAUGGAUAACUGUGCCGAUCUACUCUUUUAUUUUUACCUUUAUACAGGGUUUCUAGGACACCAUCACUGUUCCUCCUCAUCUCCACCUUAUUCCAUUCCUUCCAUCCCCAGCUCAAGUUAAAGAGGAGGUGUGUACAGGAUCUAUUUUAGAUUAGGAUUAACUAUUUGCAUCAAAUUAAAAUAUACUAAUGACCAUGGAUUUUGCCUUAGCCUUAAAAAUUGCUAAUAAUUUCAAACCACCUCACUUCACUUAUUGAAGGAUCUGAUUUGAAUUUGUAAAGGCAGUUCCUUUGAGAGUAGUAUACUCCAGGCUAAAUCCAAGGCAGCUAAUCCUGGCCCUGAAGGAAAAGCUAGGAGAACCUGAGCUUUGUUCUGGAAGUGGGCAGGCUGGCCGAAAUACCAGACAGCAUAGAACCAAACCAAGUGUGUGUGCCACACCUUCUGUAGCGCAGGGCCUCACGCAGAGGUCCAGGAAGACCCUUCUCCCCCACUCCGUGUCCUCGGCUCACUGGAGAAUAAGGAGUGGACAUUAGAAAGGGAGCUACAAACGGAACUCAAUGGCUUUGCAUUCAAAAGGGAAAGUGAUGAUUCCAUAUAGCUUUUUAGAGUUCAAAUCAACAUCUUUCUGGAUAAAUAUAUUUUUUAACGGAAUCUUUUUAUUAUUUUUAAAAUAUAUAAAAACUAUUCCCAUCAGUAGCAAUACAAGGUUAUACAUUUUAACCAGAUUUCUCAGGCCUUUUUUGGAUACCUUUAGUAGUUAACUAUUUUGUCUAACCCUUCUGUAAAUAACCAUAGCAGAACAUACAGAGCCUGGGGAAUACAGCUGAGGGUACCCUCAUUCCGGCCGGCUGUGUAUUCAUUCCCACAGGCUGCACUGAAAUAACCUGGUAAAUAAUAUCGUCCUCUGUUUUAUAUCAGUUUCCUAUCUGUUGGGUUUCUUUUGGGAUGGGAAGAGAAACAUAAAGUACUGUCCAGUUAAAGUCUGUAUGCAGUUAGCAUUGCCAGUAAAACGUUCCUAGUCACAAAGAAAUGUGCUUUUGAUUCCAUAUAACCAUCUGUCUUUUUUGUCAUGGUCUGACCAAAUUCCUUCUCUGCACACCAGGCCAGUAUAUGCAGCAUCACAUUUUGUUUACUUAAUAUUUACCCUGAGUGAAGACACUUCUCCUCGGAACGGCUGCAGUGAGGCCACAUUGUAAUCUCUUACGUUCGCAUUCCAUUGUUCUGCUUCCCGAUGUCUCUUUCUCCCAGGAAGUCAAUUAAAAAAGGACUGAGCUUUUUGUCAACCUGUCUGCAGCAUUUGUCACUUGUUUUCACUCUCUUAAAAUGCAAAUAAAGACUGCUUCCUUAGAGGGUGCUCAUACAACAUCCUAGACAGCCUUUGAGUCUUUUUCAUGUUGUUUUUCUAGUCACGGAAGGAACCCGCAGUUUGUGUCACUGGAACAUUAGAAUGCUCUCCCAAUGCUCAGUUGUAUAUUACAAGGUGACAUGUUCCUCUCAGCUUCCUGCCCAAUCAUAUGUGGUCCACACACCCAGUGCUCCUGUUUCAAAUGGAAACUAAAAGCAAGCCAGUGUCAGGGCUGCUGAGACCUCUGCAGUUGUCCUCUUGGAGAGGGACUGGCUCUUGUGGAGUAAGGACAACCAAGUCAUCAGCUCUCUACUGUGACUGAAUAUGCUCUCUCCUUGGAAGUUGAAGGGCUUUUCUUUUGAAUCCUCACCUGAGGAUAUUCUUUUUAUUGCUUGAGAGAGAGAAACAUUGAUCUACCACCUUCCACGCGUGCCCUGACGGGGGACUGAACCCACAACCUGGGUAUGUGCCCUGACCAGGAAUUGAAUCCGCCACCUUUUGAUAUACAGGAUGAUGCUCCAACCAAGCCACACCUGUCAGAUUAAGGCCGAAGUGCUUUUUGAGGCUGUUUUUAGAAGUUCGGGUGAUAAUUAGGGCUUUCAGACUUCUCUUACACCAAUUAUAUUGGCAUUAAAAUAAACAAGGCAGUGAGUAGUAAAAAAAUGUUUGGUUCCAGAAAUGAGACCUUGGGAAAAUGAAGAUGCUGCUUUGCUUUUUUGGGAAAGUAAAUAACAAUACUUUGAAUCAGUGGGGUACUAUGAAGAAAACCGUUCCUCUUAUUGAGAUGCAAUAUCUAUGGAUUAUUUAAUUAAAAAUGAACAUUUCCUGCUCAAUGCAGAUGACAUCAAAGACAGCUAGACCAUAGCAACUUCAAAUGACUAUAGCACAGUAGUGAUGGAGUUAAAAGUCCAAACUAGGCCCUGGCCAAUUUUGCUCAGUGGUUAGAGCGUCGGCCUGCUGACC